AUGCUUUCCAAAGAUGUUAAACAAUUUUGGAGUGAAGAAGAUAUCGAAGAUGGUGAUACCAUUACUAAAACUAUAACUACUAAUGAAGAAAUAGAAGCUUAUUUUAGGACCUGUGAAAGAAUGAUACAAGAAGAAAGAGCUGCAAUUGAAGAUGAAAAUAUUUCUAAUUUCAUAUUCUUGCCAGCAGAAGAUGUUUUUGACUUGGUAGGAGAAACAGAACAUCCUGCUAACAAUAAGGAUGCUAAAUGGGCUAUAAAAGAUUUAUUUAAACCUUUAGAUAUCAAUCUCUGGUUGAUGAAAAAUUAUCUUCUUUUUAUUACUUGA